CAAUUGCAUGCUGUGUUGUCCAAUAAUAAUAAUCAUUUUCUUACGAUCCGAGUGCCUGGGUUUUUAAUCAUAAAAAGUGUUUCGUUGCAAUUAUUUAACGACAACCGUUUGAGACAGUUGGAAUGCGCAGAAAAUAAGAAAAAAAAAUAAAUUUCGAAAAAAAUAAAAAAAAUGGAAGGAAUAAUGCCAGAAGAACCUCCGCAAUGGCUCGAGAACGAAGUUUCCAAUGGAUUUCGCGUUUGGCACAUUUUAUUCCUCGGAUGCAGCGGAAUUCUCAGUCUCGUCAUCAUGAUUUGUUGUUGCUUCCGUUUUCGCAUUCCGCGUACGAAGCAAGAGAUUGAGGCGGAUUUUCAACGGAGGAAAAUUACGAAAAAAUUCAAGAAAAAACUCGCCAACAUCCAAAAUUCGGAAAUGGAUGACAUGGAUUUACGGAAGGCUCUCGAACGGGUAAGACAGGAAUUUUUGGAAGAUGCUGCUGAAAACGGAAAAUUUGGAGAAGAGAAAAAAUUGUUGGAAAAUGAGCUAAAUUCGAAUGUGCAAGCAGCUUUGGAUUCACUGAAAAAAUAAAAAAAAAUGUUUAGUAGUGAAAAAUUAUUUAAA